AUGAAUUUGAAAGAUUACUUACGGAAACUCACUUCAAGUAUUUUGGCUGCGCCGCAUGAUCGACGCUCACCAUUGGCCACCAACGAUAGUCUGCAGCAUAUCAGAUCAAAAUCCCUGUCAGCAAAUGAAAUGCUCGUUCCGAGGCAUUCGACCACCGCGUUGAUGUGUGAACCGAUAUUCACCGGGAAUAGUGGCACGGCCAAAUGGUACCGCGAUGGAAUUGAAGUUGCCAAUGUGACAAGUUCGUCAAAUGCUGUGCUCCUGAAUCGAUCCUAUCACUCAGAACAACCCGUUCCAGACGUCGGCUUCUUAAUAAUCACCAACAUUUCAAUGGGUGACCAAGGAGAGUACUGGUGCAGACGCGAUGAUACGGGUCAAAUCAGCGAGUCGGUUCGGCUGGUGAUCGCCUACGUUGAUCAAUUCCCCAGCGACAGUAGACCUGUAUUCAGGCCGGCUCGACCGAGUUUAGGUCAACGCGUGACAGCCGAUUGUCCACCUACUCGAGCCAUACCCUCACCAACGGUCACGUGGAUUUUGAAUGGUGAGGCACUGGACAGAUCCUCACGUCGUGUCAGUGUUGCUUCCAAUGGGACACUGGUCAUAUCGCGAUUUUCCGUUCAAGAUAUCGGCCUCUACGAAUGUGUAGUGUCAAAUUUUGCGGGUCGGACGAGUGCAAAGAUAUUUUUGGAUGCCAAACGGCUAAUGGAUGGCCGUUUUGAGGAGAUUAUUGAUACAUCAAUGUUCACGAAGACGUGUCAAAAUUUAUUCCAAAAUGGAGUUCUCUGGUUUCUGAUUGGAUGUCUUGCGACAAGCUGUGUUGUACUGAUUUAUUUGAUCUGUGCCAUGCUCUUUCUGAGGCCCGGCAAUCGCAACCGUAUCACGCUACGGCCAGCCCUGUUUCUGAGGGCUCAUCCAAGCCUAGCGCCAGGUUUCCGUAAGGUGAUCGCUCCGACUCCGGAUCUUUACACUGGCGGACGGCGACCUCCCCAGCAGCAGCAGAAUACCCAGCAACUCCUGUGA